AUGCCGUAUAACAUCGCAAUGGUCAGUGACUUCUUUUUCCCCCAGUCAGGUGGAAUCGAAAGUCACAUAUACCAAUUGUCGUCCAAACUCAUUGAUCGGGGUCACAAAGUUAUCGUAAUUACCCACGCAUACAAAGGGCGCACUGGUGUCCGUUACCUCACCAAUGGACUGAAGAUCUAUCACGUUCCCUUCUUUGUCAUUUACCGCGAAACGACAUUUCCCACCGUGUUCUCCUUCUUUCCCAUAUUCCGCAAUAUCGUCAUUCGCGAGGGGAUUGAGAUUGUUCAUGGCCAUGCCAGUCUCAGCAGCUUCUGCGGAGAAGCUAUUCUGCAUGCGCGUACUAUGGGUCUGCGGACCGUCUUCACGGACCACUCUCUCUUCGGAUUCGCGGACGCAGCAUCCAUUCUCACAAACAAGUUACUGAAAUUUACUUUGAGCGAUGUUGACCAUGCCAUCUGUGUUAGUCACACUUGCAAGGAAAACACGGUCCUUCGAGCUUCACUCGAUCCGUUGAUGGUGUCGGUCAUCCCGAAUGCUGUGGUAGCGGAGAACUUUUGUCCCCUAUCUCACACUACUCGUGCACCGGACCAGCCCCUUGGCUCACCCCACGAUGCUCCAAUGUCACCGAGACAAAUCGGCCCCGACGAUCCGAUAACAAUUGUGGUCAUUUCCCGGCUGUUCUAUAAUAAGGGUACAGAUCUUCUGAUCGCAGCCAUCCCGCGGAUUCUUGCCUCCAAUCCCAACACUCGUUUCAUCAUUGCAGGGUCAGGACCCAAAGCAAUUGACCUGGAGCAGAUGCUGGAACGCAACGUGCUUCAGGAUAAAGUGGAGCUUUUAGGCUCAGUCCGGCACGAAGAGGUCCGCGAUGUGAUGGUACGGGGUGAUAUUUACCUCCAUCCUAGCUUGACAGAAGCAUUCGGAACGGUCAUUGUUGAAGCUGCGAGCUGCGGUCUUUAUGUGGUCUGUACUCGGGUUGGGGGCAUUCCCGAGGUGCUACCCCAGCACAUGACUACAUUUGCCAAACCGGAAGAAGACGAUAUUGUACUUGCAACCAGUAAAGCGAUUGCUGCUUUGCGCUCGAACAAGGUUCGAACGGACCGAUUCCAUGACCAGGUCAAAAUGAUGUAUUCAUGGCGAGAUGUGGCCGCGCGCACUGAGCGCGUCUACGAAGGUAUCACAGGCGAUAUUAGUCCUGAAGAGUUCUAUGGAUACUACCCAGGUCAAGGCUGGGAGGCCAGCGGGGAUCGAGUUCGCAGCUUUGCACUCAUUGAUCGUUUGAAGCGCUACUACGGUUGUGGUGUCUGGGCAGGAAAGUUAUUCUGCCUCUGUGUCGUAAUAGACUUCCUGAUCUAUGUCUUCCUCGAGAUGUGGUUCCCCCGAGCCAACAUUGACAUCGCACGAAGCUGGCCAAAGAAGCAACCGGCCAGUAAUUCUCGUGACGCUACGAAAAGUUUCCGUUAG